AUGGAUCCGAUCCAAUCAGAUCGCACCAACAUAAUGUCGAAUAAUAACGACAUCAAUAACCGAUUACCAACUCUGAAAGAUAUCGAAAACCCUAAUGAGAAGACCGUCCAAAAAAACGAAAAAUUGAAAAUGGCCUUCAACACCAAAAAACCCAAAUACCUUCUACGUGGUAACUUCGGUUACCAGGAAGAUUUAUCUAGAAGAUCUCUUCUAAAGAAAGAAUAUAGUCUUUAUAAUUAUUGUUUUUUAAGCGUUUUAAUUAGCUUUGGUUUUGGACUUGUUAUAGGUGUAGCUUUAAUGAGCUCAACUCAGCAAGUCACCUCAAAUUUCGCACCUAGAAAGUUAGCGAGAACGAAUAGUACCAGAGAAAUUAUCACCCGCAAUCUAAAUUCUUUGAAAACUGAAAAUAAUGAUAAUGAAAUUGAUUUAAGUAUCAAGCUUAAAGAGGAAAAGUUUAAAGCAGUAUCAUUUACUGGUGCAGAAUCUCAUAAGUAUAGAAAAGAUGUGUAUCCUAAAGGACUGACGGAAGAUAUGAAAGAUAUACUUAAGGAUAAUAAGGUAUCUCAUCACAAGCACACCAUUACAAGCGUUGUGAAUAAGACAAAUUUUGUUCCUAAUGAUAAAACUAUACUUUUUAAUAAUGUGUAUUGGGGUCCUGAAGUAGAAGAUUAUAUGCCUCAAGGAUAUGGCGAAAGUUCAGCGGACGUUUGGGAAAGAUAUGUUGAACAAAGUGAAGUAGUAAAAAUGGAACCGGGUUGUGGACGUAUGCAAAACAGAUUGGUGACAUUUAAAGAUGGUAUACAAGCGUGCGUAAGGUACAGACAAAACACGGAUCAGAUUCAAGGAGAAAUUUUCAGCUUUUACGUCGGAAAGUUGUUGAAUUUGACUAAUCUAGCACCAUCCGUGGUCAAAGUUGUAGAUUUGAAGGAUAAACUGUGGAAAAAUGUUGCUGCAGAUAUAGCAACUGCGCAAUGGAACACUAACCGUGCUGUUGUACUUACACAGUACAUACCAAGUUUAGAAUCCGCAACAAUACCUGAUAUAUUCAAACCUUCGACAAGACAUCUGAACAAAUACGAUGUACUGAAAAUGUCUUUGAAAGAGAACGAUACAGCAGAAGCGUCAAAACAACUACUCAUAGAGAAGUUAAAAAUGAAAUCCAUGAAACUAUCAACGAACGAAGUUGAAAACUUCGAUUAUAUCGAUAUGGCUUUGAAUAGGAAAACUAUUGACUCUUUUGUUGAGUUAGCUCAAUGGUCUGAUCUCAUUAUAUUUGAUUAUUUGACGGCAAAUUUAGACAGGAUUGUGAACAAUCUUUUUAAUUAUCAAUGGAAUAUAAAUAUAAUGGAUGGACCGGCGCACAAUUUAGCUAGAAAGAUGGACAGUGGACUGCUUUUAUUUUUAGAUAACGAAUCUGGUUUAUUACAUGGUUAUAGGUUGUUAAAGAAAUAUAAUGUUUACCAUAGUUUAAUGCUAGAUAACCUUUGUGUUUUUAGAAAGAAAACUGUUGAUUCACUAAAAAGUCUGUACGAAAAUUCGAUUGGUGCAAAAUUGAGUAACAUGUUUCAUAAAAGAAACAGUGCUUUAAUAAGGGAUAUAUUGCCGCCUUUGCCUGAGAAAAAUUCAAAGAUAUUGCACGAAAGGAUUGGCAAAGUUUUAAGUCAAAUUGAUAAAUGUGAACAGACUUAUAGAUGA